AUGGACAAGAGUUGGAUGAGAAUGUCUAGAGGUUCAAAAGAGCAUCUAGAUGGUAUCCAAGCAUUUCUGAAUUUUGCAUUUAGCAACACCAAUACACCAGGCUUCAUUUUGUGCCCAUGUAAGCGUUGUCGCAUGAGCAACUCAUUGACACAUGAAGUUGUCUACGACCAUUUGAUGACGGGCCCAGGAAUCUUGGAGGGUUAUACCGAUUGGGUACUGCAUGGGGAAAAGAUUAACGCUUCUGUUAAUAGGGAGUCCGUAUCUCACGGCCCUGUAACGGCUCCCACCAAUAGGAUGCCUCCCCUUGACGGGUCUAGUGGGAUGCAUGCCAUGUUGCAUGACAUUUUCAACAUGCACGACGUACGAGCCGAAGAAGGUGGGUCCGAAGUUGGUGCACAAGCCGAAGCCGUACAAGAGGAUUCAAAUGACUUUGACGAGAAGACGAGGAAGUUCUUCGAUUUACUUAAGGAUGCUGAUACCCCACUCCACGAGAAUACAAAGCAUAGCAAAUUGGGGGCUAUUGUGCGUCUAUAUAAUUUGAAGUGUAUGGGUGGAUUCAGUAACACGAUAUUCUCACUCCUCCUUGAAUUUAUUAAUGAGUUGCUACCAACAAAUGCUGUUUUGCCUAAGGACACGUACGAGGCAAAAAAGUAUAUGAGAGACUUGGGACUUGGAUAUGAAAAGAUUCUUGCUUGUCCCAAUGAUUGUAUGUUGUUUUGGAGGGACACCGAGAAGUUAGAACGAUGUACGUCAUGCAAGGCAUCGAAGUGGAAGGAGGACAUUAGUGAGGAAGAAGAGUCAUCACGAACAUCUAAACGAAAGCCGGCAAAGGUGUUACGGUGGUUUCCGUUGAUACCAAGGUUGCAACGGUUGUUUACGUCACAUCACACAGCUAAACACAUGAAGUGGCAUGCUCAUGGGCGUACAAAAGAUGGUGUACUAAGGCAUCCGGCAGAUGGUGAAGCCUGGAAGACAUUCGAUUCAUGCUACCCAGACUUUGCCUCAGAUCCACGUAGUGUGAGGCUUGGCUUAUCCUCUGAUGGAUUUAAUCCUUUUGGGAAUAUGAGCACAACUCACAGUACUUGGCCGGUAAUGUUGAUACCGUACAACUUGCCUCCUUGGAUGUGCAUGAAACAACCAUAUUUUAUGUUAUCAUUGAUUAUCUCAGGCCCAAGUUCACCUGGAAUGAAAAUAGAUGUCUAUCUACAACCUCUUAUAUCAGAAUUAAAGGAAUUAUGGGAGGUUGGAGUGUCAACUUUUGAUGUAUCAGUGAAAAAGAAGUUCACGAUGCGUGCAGCCUUGAUGUGGACAAUAAACGAUUUUCCAGCUUAUGCAGAUUUGUCUGGUUGGAGUACGAAAGGCAAAAAGGCGUGUCCUUGUUGUAUGCACUCUACACGGUCUACCUGGUUAACUUAUGGCAAUAAACAAUGUUAUAUGGGGCAUAGGCGAUGGUUGCCUUUGGAUCAUAGUUGGAGAAGAAAUAAGAGAGCGUUUGAUGGUACACAAGAAAUGGGUACUCCGCCUCUUGUGCCAAGCGGUGAUGAGAUCAUGAGACAAUUAGAGGUAUUUGGACAUGUUGUUGGCCAUGUUGCGGAGAAACGACAAAGGAGUACUGUUGCCGAUGAUGACGGGAUAAUAUGGAAGAAGCGUAGUAUUUUCUUUACAUUGCCCUAUUGGAAAGAUAAUAUUUUACGCCACAACAUUGAUGUGAUGCACUUAGAGAAAAAUGUGCUCGAUAAUAUUAUAUGUACAUUGUUGGACAUAAAAGGAAAAACAAAAGACAACCAUGAAGCACGUAAGGACCUACAAAAAAUGUGUUUGAGACCAACACUACAUCCAUUUACUAACGAUAACGGUAAGACAUAUCUGCCUGCAGCUUGCUUCACAAUGUCAAAUGAUGAGAAAUAUCAGUUCUUGAAGGUCAUAAAGGAUGUACGAGUGCCUGAUGGGUAUGCUUCAAAUGUGUCACGGUGUGUAAAACUUAAAGAACAUACCAUUGGAGGUUUGAAGAGUCAUGACAGCCACAUACUCAUGCAACAACUCCUUCCAAUUGCACUUCGCGGAUCAUUACCAAAGAAGGUCGUUGAACCUUCCAAUUUGUAUUGUAAUUCAUAUAUAGAUACUUAG